AUGUCUCAAGCAUCUGCAAGCCACACUCAGAGUAGACGAAGUCUCCCAUCCAGAUUGAAUUUAAGGACCAGUGUGCGCGAUAGACUAGGCCCAAGACCUGACAUCCAUGCUCGCUUAGGUCCGCAGGGAAAUGGUCAUGAAAGGCUAGGCUCCCAGGGAGGUCAAACUGACAAUCAUUGCAACUGGGAUCGUGAAGAAAGACGCUCUACUGCCUGCUCGCAGAGAAAUAUUCAUGAAAGGCUAGACUCCCAGGGAGGCCAACUUGAUAACCCUUACAAUGAGGACCAUGAAGAAAGGCGUUCUGCUACAAAAAAUCCCUCGCAAGCGCAGUCCACCAACGAGGAAGUUACUCAGUCUCGCCCGAAUCGUAAAGCUCAUCGACGUGACCGACCAGCCAUGUGUGCAGAAGACGUUGAGAAGCUUGUGAAUAACUGA